AAGCUCACCGCCAUGAAGCCACCAGCACGUAUUCCUAAUGUUUUCUAAUUCAAAAGUUACCAAGCCGCGAACGAACAACAGUGUGUGGACCGGCGUCUCUACUAUUGCUUCGUGCGUACGCCCGUAGCGAAACAGUUUUUUGGUGCGAGUGUGCCUAUUUCCAGUUCUUCGAUGGUCCAGCGUGUUAGCAGCAGCAGCAACAGCCUCCGGGAGACAGAACGAGCAACCCCAUCACAGGAAAAACCGGAGCUGUGCAACUGAGCUGCGCUGUCUCUGGUCUGCUGCGGGCCACAGAUAAUAUCGAUCCUGCCGUUGCUGACGGUUGUUGUCACGGUGACACCUAGUGCUGUGCGCGGGUGCUUGUGCCUUUUUCAAGUGUGGAGAAUUUAAUGCAAAAGAUUCUAGGUUUUUUUUUCUUCGUGUGUGCAGUGAAUGAACCAGCAGUAGUGUAAUUUGGGAAACGCCGGGAGUGCGUGUGUGCAAUCCACACCAGUGAGUGAGUGAGUGAGACAGUGAAGUUACUUCUGCGCAACCCCUUUUGUUGGUUUGGUCCGUUGUGACGUGAGGCGAAGAAAUUCUGGUCGCGAGAAGGAAAGGAAGUGAAGCCGUGCUUUUCCAGCCAAGCCAGCGCUACUCUAGUGAAGUGUGUUGACGUGUGGCCCGAGGAUAGAAAAUAGAAGUUUGUUUUUUGUUGUUGCUAGAGCACGUUAAGGCAAAUACUAUAUUACGGAAGCAGCAGUGUAGAGUGCACCGUAAAGAAAUCCGAAAAGUGCUACAGCUUGUGGAGUUGGAAGGACGUCUGGAGCAAUAGGAAUUCAAUCAGCCGUGCGCGUACCAACCGUGGACUCUUGAGCCCCAAGCUGGACGAGAUCUGGAGAACGGACAGCGGAAGUUAAAAAAGGAUCGAUCCUCGUCCUCCCACAGGGCGCAGGAAAAAAACGAGCGCGACGGUUCCACAUCGGCAACAUCAAUUCUCGUAAACGCGCGUUCGCGCUCACUAACGGGGGUCAGCAUGAUGUCCGAUCAUGCAUCAACUAACAAUGGUGCUGUCGCAACGGCUGCCGGUGGUGCUGCGCAGACGCCAGUGACGGCGGUGGGUGGUGGUAGUGGGGGAACACUCGAUCCGAACGUCAUUCCCCAGUGGAAGAAGGAAUUGAUUCAGCGUCGCAAGAAUCUAGCCAAAACGAUCGGUGCCGUCGCGACACAGGUGCACGAUUCGGCGUCCACGGUGGCUGCGGCCAUUUCGGCGUCGGCCUCAUCGCCCGUGCAGACCCACCCGCGUACACCGACCGGUGGCUUUCCCGUUGGCAGUCCGUUCUAUGCCGGGACCGGAACGAAAGAGAGCACCACCACCAUCUCCACAAACACACAACCCCGCUCCCCGCUCGAUGGUACAGUGCCCGACAGCGAAACGUUGCACCAGGUGGAAGCGAACGAGGAGCACGAAAAGCACAGCACACAGCAGUCGAAUAAUGAAUCCACUCUACCUUCCGUUAAUGCUCACCAAGCAGUUUCCUCACCGACGGCCGGAUCGUUCAUCGGAGUUCAUUUCGGAGCGAAUGAACACGUGCAGCAACACACCAACAACCAGCAUCACCACCACCAACAGCAGCAGCAGCAACAACAGCCGCACAGAGCUGGUGUUGGUGGAGGCGCACGAGUCGCAGCUGCGAGUGAAGCCGUAGUGGUGCAGUCGGCAGCAAGUGGACCAUCGCCAACGUCGCUCCCGACGGUUAACGGAGCUCAUUCGCAUUCCAAUGCCGGUUCGGAACACAGCGGCAGUAGUGCUGCCAUCGCAACCGCAACGAACCGCACGGGCUCUGGCAAUAGCAGCGUGAUCGUCGAGCGUGAAAGUUCGUCCACCGUGUGCAAUAACAGUAGUAGUGGCGUUGUGGUCAGUAACACCAGCAGCAGUAGCAGCAGCAGCGGCAGCAACAGCAACGGCAAGUUGGCAGUGUCCGGUGUGGUAAACGGUCAAACGCAGCAGCAACCGCAACCGAGCUCGAGGGACGGCGUCGCAGCCAGGAAGAUGGUCGCAGCCACGGCCACGGAGGAGAUCGUCGUCGUCUACGAAAAGAACUCGGUGCUCGGCGGUGGCCUGGAUGCGACCGGUGGUGGCGUGGUCGUAGGCGGUGGCGGUGCGAUCGGUGAUGCCGGUGAGGAGCUGAAGUACGGGCCCGGGAUCGUGUCACGGUUGCGCUGCCGCUAUCUCAGCCUGGCCCUGCGCCAGUCCGUCGCCAAGCAGCGCCCGUCGCUCAACAGUAUGCGCCGUGCGACCAGCCUCAACAAUUUGCUGGACGAGGAAAGCGAAGAUUUGAGCGAGCGCGAACAAUCCAUUGGCAGUGAGGGUACGGGUGGUGGCGGUGGUGGUGUCGGUCAUCAGCAGAAGAAGUAUCAAUCGCAGAAUUAUCACAACCACUACAACCACCACCAGCAGCAGCAGCAGCAGCAGCCACAGCGCGAACACUACAGCAACGGAAACGGCAACAAUCAUAACCAUAACCAUAACCAUCAUCAGCAGCAGCAGCAGCUUCAUCCAACGGUAGUUCUGCAGCCAACUUACCAGAAGCAGCAACACCAUUUCGCCCCGAAACAACAGCCGUGGAUUCAGCAGCAGCAGCAGCAUAAAGAGGACGAUCAGCAGCAGCAGCAGGGAGGAGCGGUCAAGACGGCACCGUUUCUGCGCGGCGUGCAAAACAGUUAUACGCGAGCGAGCCGCCAGGUGGAGAAGAAGAACGAGUACAAUCGCUACACCAAGCAUCAUCGAGGUGCUAGUGGUGCCGACGCGGUCCUGCUCAAGCGUGCUCGCUCAGUCGAGGCUCUGGUGCGCUACGAUCACAAGGCUUGGGAGCGGGACGGAGCCAACCCAGUAGCACCGCCAGCGAUAGUGACAGCGCCAGCACCAGCACCAGCGGCCCUUGCCGUGUCGUCCUCGGCCGAGGUGGGCAGCAAUGUGAUCAUACUGGACGAGAUCGCCCAGGCAACGACGACGACGACGACAAUCGCAACGACGACAGCGGCUGCGACAGUACCGGCUGGUGCUGAGGUGGUGCACGGCGGCACAACCAACGGUAUUUCCAGUUCGGCCUCACCGACGGCGAUGCUGAUGAACGGCAAGGGUACCGCUGGUGGAGCGGGCGGCGCAUCAUCGGAGCUGCUGGUCAGCGAUUGCGUGACGAUCGAGGAGAAGAUCAUCAACGGGCGCGAGAAGGGCGAUCCGAAACCGAAGCGGCUGACCUCGUUCAUCGAUGCCGACGAACGGCCACCGCCGGACGUGGUCAAGCAGACGAUGAAGAUCUUCGAGGCGAACGCUAACCGGCGCGGCGGUCGUGGGAUAACCGGCACCAACGCUAAUGGCGAGGUGGCUACCAAGGUGGCCAGCUAUCGCUCGAUCAUCAUCUCCGGAUCGGCAACGGCCGGUGCAACAACGGCAGCGGCUGCCGUUUCGUCCGCGGUCGGACCGAUGGGUGAUAAACCGCCCAUCACCCAUCCGAAGCCACCGUUAAGCCCCAAGAAGCCAAAUAUCAAGCCACGCACCGCUAGUCCGAAGCAGCAGCAGCAGCAGCAGCAGCAACAUCAGGCCACCUCAGCCAAACCUCCGCCGACUCCGAAAUCGCUGGAGGCUGUCAACAACCUGAAGAACGCACCUGGCGCACCGCCAACUGUCAAAAACAAUAACAAACCACAGCCAUCGCCGAUAGCUGCGGGGGUUGUUGGAGGCGGCACGACGCUUGAGUCCAGCACGCCACCGUCUCCACCGGCACGAAGUAAACACACGACGUCCGCACUGAACGGUAGUGUUGGUGUCGGUCUCGCGAAGAACAUGCAAAGCAGCAGCGGUGACGGGGGCAAUGCGGUGACGAUGGCGGCGGGUACGCAAUCCGACCCGACGGACGCGAAGACGAACGCACUCAAGAACGGUGGUACGGUUCGCGAUCACUACAACUACGAAAACGGCACGACACAGACAACGCCAUCGACCAAGACGUCGACAGCGUCGGCGACGUUGACUCCAGGGUCAGACGGUGGUGGCCACCAACACAAGCACAACAGCAAUACCGCACAGGAGGCAGCAACACCAGCAACGGCAGCGGUGUUAGCGUCGUCAUCGCCGUCGGGAAUUUGCGAUUCGCCUUCUAUCCAGCAGCUCACGAGCAAGCUUGGCAGUCUACAUCUGGCGACCUCUACGCCGACUGGAGCUGCGAACGGUUCCGUCUCUGUGCAAGAUCGCCGUAACCUCGAGUACGUUACGAGCGACGAAGAGGAAGACGACGACGACGACGACGACGUAGACGGCGAGAACGGAGGACGGCGCAACACUACGUCCUACACGGUCAAUCCGGAUUCGAGCGAGAGUGAAGACGCACGGGAUAAUCCCGCCGGGCAGGCAGGCGGCAGCAGUGAAAACGACGCAGACGACGACGAGGAGGACGAGGAAGAGGAGGAGGAGGACGUCGACGGUGAGCAGCGUUCGGUGCGGAAGAUUUCGCGCACCGCAAUGGAGAACAUUGCCCGUGCCGGCACAACGACGCAGUUCCGCUUCAAUGGAGCUGUCAAAUCGUACCUUCCCGGCGCUGGCGGUGGUGGUGGUGCACCCAACAGCACCAAACCACCCGCACCACCCAUUCCGAUGUCCCGCGAGAGCCUCGCCGGGAAGGCUAACGGUGCUUCGUCCGCGGUACCGAUCGAGGUCAACGGGCGCCUACCGCCAGAGGGCGCUAGCGUAACCGUCGACGCACCGAGCAGUGUGAACAGUGUUGUUGGCAAUCACAAUAAUGGCAGUGUGGUCGGUGGUUCUAGUGGUGCUGCGAUACAGCAGACGAGUGCGAGUUCCGGUGGACCGGCGACGUCGGUCGCUCCGUCCCUAACGCGGCGCGAGAUCGAAAAGAAUCAAAUCAAUCGCGAAAAGAGUGGUGAAUCGACCGGUCUGGCGUCGUCCGGCACGAACAGCAUUAACGGUACCGGUGGCACGGUUGGCGGCCCGGCCGGCAAUGCUAUACCCGGAACGACGGCACCCGCCGGUAGUGUGCUAGUGGGUAGUGCGAAUAAUGGCGGCGGUGGUGGUGCGACACAGACCACCGCCAGCAACAGCAGUGCGGUCGACAGUACCAGUUCGUUCGUGGCCAAAUGGGGUACCGGUGGUGGGGGGGUUGGGGGUGCAGGUGUGACAGUGGCCGCUGCUGGACAGUCGCCCCUGGCCGGGCUGGUGCCGGUGCGCAAAAAGACGAAACCACCGCCGAACCAUCAGCAGGACGGUACCAACACGAUGGUGUUUAACUUCAGCGACCGCAAGGACGUGCCGGACUACAUCGAGAACGAUGGCGUCAUCAUCCGGCCACGCCCGAGAGAGCUACCGAAGCCCGGCGAGUCCGGUUUCGUGUUGCUGGGCGACCUGACGCUAGAAACCUCGACCGAUCCGGACGAUGCGUUGCCCACCGGGCCGCCAUCGCCGUGCAACGGUGAAUUUGCCAACGCCUACAUCGUGAUCAAUGGCAAAUCGAGCAUGAGAAACAAGACUAGUAGAAGUAAUAAGUUCAAAAUUCAGUUCGACGAUUCGCUUACCUCCACGUACGAGUAUCCUUCGGAAACGUCCCUGCUGGAUAUGAAAGGGGACGACGAUACGGAUACCACCGGUACGGACACGACGAACGGUGGGGGCCUGGUACCGGCGGCUGCGUUCACCGACAACGGGCUCCUUUCGCACACGAACAAACUCCUCUCCUCGGUGCCACUUGGUUCGGCACCGUUCGCUAGUUAUACCCCAGUAAAAGCCGCCAUAGACACGACCUUCGAGCUGGGAGUGACCCGCACGCCGUCCCCGUCGGCCGCCAGUACGGCUAGCAGCACCGGCUCGAACGGAAGCCUUACCUCCUCGAACAGCAGCAGUAAUAGUCAUCAUCAAACCGCCAACAACGGUGAGCAGAAGCACCAUUUGCCGCACCACACCACCGUACCGAACGGCCAUCAUCAUCCGCAUCCGCAACACCAGUACCACCACCACCGAUCGAACGGUGGUGUGCACAGUAACGGCCAUACCGGCAACGGGCCAUCGGACACGAUCGUGAACGGUGCCGGCGAACCGGGACUGCUGCUCAGCAGCGGGACGGCCGAACCGGAAAGCAUCCAGUACCUGAAGCCGGCCUCGGACGAGCAGACGGUCAACUGGAGCCAGGGCACGCGCGUCACCGAUCUGCUGUUCUAGCGUGUCUCGUUGGGACAGCUUUUUGUACAGUAUAUACACUUUAGCUUUUAGGUGGAAACGCUUCCCCGGAUGUGGUUGCUGCAGGAGCAGGCAAAUGCGAUUUAAUGUUGGUGCGCUGGUGUGCGCCCAACUCCAGUAGCAGCAUCGACUAGAAGCAGCGCUCGUCGAAUGGAAUGAAUAGCCACCCGGUAGAAGAAGCGCUUUAGUGGCGCUCUAAUCAGUGGCAGUUUUUGUUUGCCUGAUAAUUGAAUUCCCUUCGAUUUUUGAAUUUUCCAUUUCUGUUUUUCCCCUCCUCAAACAUACAAUAAGCUAUUGACAAGAUAGUGUGCGUUAGGUGCGUUCGGCCUUAGGAUGCUUUCGUGCUGGAUCUUUCCGCUCCAAGGAUGUGCAAAUGCAUGUAUGGAUUCAUCUUCCUGGCAGCCCUAGUAGAGUGGCGCCAUUUUUAUGAACUAAAUAGAAUAUAGACGCUGUUUCGGAAGCGCUCGUACGAAUUUUGGCCUGCCUGCCUAUUUCCAUUAAACAUCAUACGCCUCCUAGUAGUAGAAGUUACACGCCUAUACGCGCGAGGGAUAAAAACCAAGAGUCAGACUAUUAACGUAUAAAAAAACAUUCCUCGACGAUCAAAGGCGAUCAUAAGAUAUCGGCCUUUUUUGCAUUCUUUCUUACGGUUGGUUCGGUUGGGUUGGGUUGGGUUGGGAAGUGUAGCCAUGAUGAAGCAAAGAUACCAGACAACGGCCAACCAACUCAGCAGCGGCAACAAUAUUGUGAUCAAUUGAAGCGCGAGCAAGCAAGCAGUUACGUUUAAAUGAUGAAAAGGAAACAAAAAACACACACAAGAAUUAUUGCUACUAUCACUACUCGUAUAACUACUACGUAUUAUAUUAUUACUAUUGUGAAAACUUAUACAGAGAGCAGAUGGGAAAAGGAAAGAAAUGCAAGUGUGCAACAACGAGCAGUGUUGGAAAUGGAAGUGAAGAAUGUCUGCGAUAAGGAAGUUUAGCGUAAGGUUUUUUCCCCCGUCGUUUUAAGAAUUUGAAUUGUAUAAAGCACAGCUAAACAACAGGUCCGAUAGAAUCAGGUAGAACAGGGCAUCAGGAUGAUGUGGAUUUGCAAUAUACUACUAAACACAUGAUUGGGAUUUGGUGUGGUAGGAGAAAGGAAACUAACACACACACAUAUUCGCGUUACGCAUGCUGGCUUAUAAGAAUCCAUUUUUAAACGGCGUACAGUGAUUUAAUCUUCGUACGUGUGGCGCCUCUUUAGCAUGGUGAUUAAGCUUAGGACCGUACAGUAGCUUUCGGUUUUGGUUUCGGUUUGGGAACCAAACGCGCGCGCGCUCGCUCAGAUCGGUGCUAGCGGUUGAGGAGGGCAUGCAGUACUUGGAAUUGAAGUAGCAAACGAUGGAGGAGAACAAGACGAAAUUAUACUACUACCGCAACACUGCCGGACAUUGCGUCUGAUGAUGUGCCCAUCGCCACCCCACCCAUGUUGUGAUAGACAAGUGGACGUCGGUGGAUUCGUUUUUUCGUUUAGGCAAGUCAUAUUGCAGCUUCCCAUUCUACCACCGCACUUGAAAGACAUCCCUUCUUCCCACGAUGAUUCCCACUGAACCGUGUAAUUCCAAUGGACACAGGGAAGCAAUACCACCCCGAAAUUUCGUAGCGUUCGUUGUUUAGCGUAUUUUUACACAUAUACAUUGCAUAUAAAUCGUAUACAAAAUAAACCUAUCGACAAGACCCGUCUUAAUGCAUUUUA